GCUGCUGUCUGCUGUUGCUGUGUCGACCAAACGAGAUAGAUCACUUCCAGCGGUAGUUCACAAGCUCACGUCCGUCUCUUCGCUCUGCCUCAACUCUGGUUUCCCCCCUGCCAGCCCGCCGCUCGGUCGAAAGCGAAGAGGACAAGAGACUUUUCAUUUUUUGUGCACGUGUCAUCAGCGGCGGGGCAUGCAUGGGCGGUCCUGAUAACAUCGACAGGAGCAGCAUCAUCAGCAACGGAGGGAUGUCUAACCACGACAUGCCUCUACCCUCCUCUGGGCCGAACUGCGACAUUCAUAAGCGAGUCACGCGGGCGUCUGCUGCUUCCGCUGCCGCUGGGUCUCACGCCAGCAACGGGAGCAGCUCGGCAACAGGGAAAGCCCCUUCCUCUUCCGCCUACUCAGCCGCGGACACAAACGGAAACUCGUGCUCGCAGGACUCAAGCAGACGACAAAAACCACCGACGUUGUCGGCGUCGACCUCCUCCGCGUCGUCGUCGUCGUCGUCGCUUCCAAAACCCGCCCCACAUCACCACCCCAACUCCAAGUGGACAUGGGCCGGCUACCUCCUCCUCCUUGCGGUGACCAAGUACACCCUGCCGGACGAGCUGCACACCUCCGCCCCUACCCUGAAGCACGUCUGGUUCUACGGCUGGGUGACCGCCCUCAGCACGGGGGUGGGCGCCGCGCCCCUGAUCCUCACCCACGACCUCGGCAAGGCGAUGCUGGCGUACGGCAACGCGAUCGCGGCCGGCAUGAUGCUGAGCGCGAGCUUCAGCCUGGUGUCGGAGGGGGCGACGGUGGUUGAGCCGAACGGGUCCACGGCCGAGUGGUCGGCGGUGUUCGCGGCGUUCCUGGGGGCCCCAUGGGCGAGGGUGGUGCUUGGGGUGGUGGCGGGUCUUGUCUUCAUCCUCUCCACCAAGAAGGUUUUGGAUAACUACGAGGACAUCAAGCUAGGCGAGCUGCACGGAAUGGACGCGAAAAAGGUGCUCUUGAUCGUGUUCGUGAUGACGCUGCACUCAUUCUCAGAGGGCGUGGGGAUCGGGGUCUCGUUCGGGGGCGACGGGGGCGCGCGGCUGGGAUUCCUUAUCUCGGCUACCCUUGCUGUGCACAACGUGCCCGAGGGGCUGGCGGUGGCCCUGGUGCUCCAUCCCCGCGGAGUUUCCAAGCUCAACACGGGGCUGUGGUGUGUAUUCACUUCUCUACCGCAGCCGCUCAUGGCGGUCCCGGCGUUCUUGUUCGUAGGACAGUUUAUGCCAUUUUUGCCGAUCGGGCUUGGCUUCGCAGCGGGGGCGAUGUUCUGGGUAGCUUGUUUCGAGUUGUUUUCGGAGGCCAUUGAGGACUCCUCCAUCAUCAAGGCGUCCGUCACGACGGGCUUGUCGUUUGCGGUCAUGCUGUACGCGCACAGCUACUUCGAGCACGAGGCAUGAGCGGAGAAAAAAUGGAAAUGGCGGUCCAUCGAUCUAUCGAUCUAUCGGUCGGCGUCUGUGGUCCACCUUGCUUUUGAAGCAACCCGCCCCCUCCAAAAGAAGAUAGAACUGGCGGUCUGUCGAUCUAUCGAUCUAUCGGCCGGUGUUUGUGGUAUACUUUGCUCUUGAAGCAACCCCCGCCAUGUACCACUCACUGCAUCGGCCGGACUUUGUUUUGUGGCUGUAAAAGCGGCGUUUGGGUUGAUCCACGGCAUAGAGCGCGUCGUACCAUACCGGCCGGCAGGCAAGAGCAGCCGGGCAAAGAGUAGCCGCUGGGAAGGAGCCAGCCCGUGAGCGAGCAUCGUCGUGGCCACCACGAGCUGCUGCUGCUGCUGCUGCUGCCGCUGCCGCUGCCGCUGCCUGAUCAAUCGGACACGUCCCGCGUUUGACGAAGGUCGCUAAGAGGCUGUGGGCAGCGAAGAAUGUCAUCGGUCGAAGUUUCCUGAAUCGUUUCACUUUGUCGUGCGUGUUCCGGUGUAUACGCCAUCUAGCUGUCUAAUGCGUGUGUGAGAGAUCCUGAGCUACUAUUGGAGGACCUGAUCCGGUCUUAUGAGCCGUUGAGACCGAUGUGGGUCGGCGAGAGGGGCCGGGGGGAACCUGUGGGGGUCGGACGAUGGAAUGCACGUAGAUGUGGUUGGAAAUUCUGGUGGUCAUUGACUACGGUUUGACUUCAUUCAUUUCAUUUUCCCAACCAGCUGGAUUAAGGGAUAGCCAAGAGGCACACAAGAACAGCCCCCCCUCCGCCCCCCCCCCCCUGAUACUCGCCUUUUUUACUCGCCGCGCCUAUCAUGUGUGUGUUUUUAGCACUCUUUUUUGUUGUUAGCGGGCACGGGGACCAGGCGUUGGUUGACACACGGUAUAGAUAAGUUCCGGUGCCGCCAGAAAAUCAUAUGUUUUCAUUUCGCUAGUGGGGAAGGAUUUUUGCCCGAACUAGCUUAGAGAAGGCAGACACUACUAGUCUGGUAGUUGGAAGAGAACAGGCGGGGAUGGUUCGAAAAUGGCCUGACCGGGGCGGGGGUUGAAGCUUGUUCGAGAACAAAGAUUGCUCGUCGUUAGCAUUAUGGCAAGCACGAUAGGUGGUGACGGUGGAAGGUGCUUCAUGCGUUGGCUUACAGUUACAGCUUGUUCGAGCGGUCGUACGUUUCGAUGUGUGGCUAUACUUGAGGGAAGUACGUAUUGUUAUGCCGCUUGCCUAGGUAUUAUUAGUUAUUAGAGCUGAAGUGUUGAUGCUGCAUGCUGUCCCGGGCGCGUUAAAAUUGUUCUUGUUCUGUCUUUUUUCUUUGUUGCUGUUGAAAUUAUGUCAAGAGCUUGGCACGUUUCUGCGGUCCGUCGGCGACAGAAGAUUUGAAAGUAUUUUAAGCCCAACACUAGCGGGAGGCAUAUGUGGUUUUGGGCGAAUCGCACUCACAGGUAACACUGAUCAUCGGCGGGGUGUGUCUGUGUGGAUGCCCAAUCGAGUGCGGUUGAUCGAUACAGGGAAUAAAUAGCAAUGCAGCGCUGCACCCUACCCUGCUGUUGUUGCGUGCCGUACGCACAUAUACCGCGCGAGACGUCUUUGCGACGCUAUAUAGGGUCUUGACGAACCGUCAGACGUGAACAAUACCGCAGCAGUGAGUGUCGAGAUGUAGAAAUUCAAUUUCAGACCACCUGCUCCGAAACGGUUUGUGGUUGGUUUACGUACCGCUGACCGCGUCCUUUACUCUCUUGAGCCGAUUGGAUUUGACUGUGAAGAUAAAGAAGGGGUAUGCAUGAUGAACGACUUCGUUUUCAUCCUCGGUCUCUCAGGUGGCCAUGGAGCGCUACGCCGUCGGAAUCGGCAGCUCGCGCAAGCCCCCCCCCUCCAACCCCCCAUUUCGUGCCAUCUCCCUUGUAUGUACGUCUUCUAAAUCCGUCCUGGUCAAAAUGAGGUAGCCAAAACUGUUCGUACACAGACAACCAACUUCGACUCCUCCCCCGCAGUACCGCUUGCUCUCGCUCAGUGUCCACCGGCUGUAAGUGUGUGGCUGCUGCUGCUGCUGC